UGUAUCUAAAUACGGUAACAGGAAAUGACAUUGACUUGAAGGAUGAUGACCAUGCACUUCCUUUUUCAACGUGCAAGUAAGUGAUAUAUACUUCUACUCGUGGAUGCAAUAGGACGUGAACAAACGUCAUCGUUUUAAACAUCUUCAUUUUUUUUUAACCUCUAUUACGUCAUACUGGUACCAUGCAAGAGAUAAAAAUUUCAAAAUAUAUUUCCUAUACUUUCAAGAAUGAGUAAUAAGAGGUGUAUGCAUGUGCUAUAAAAAAAGCCGAAGAGACAUCGUCGACAGUGAAACUAACGCGUCGAGUUAGAUAAGAGAGCGCAUAAUAUUUGAUAAUUGUCGUGACGUAAAUCACCUGACUUAUAAAUCUACGUGUAGAAAACAAGAAACUUUAUUCAUUACUUAUUAUCUUAUACGAUUUUUUUUCGGUUAUCUAUAUUUUGAAUAAUUAUCAACCGCAAUGACUAGCCUUUUCGUGAAACAAAAUUUUGGUUUAAUUAACAUUUCACAUUUACUCCAACGAUCACAACCUGUUUUUUCCUUUCAGUGUUGUGGAUAUGUUCAUGAUAUUAAAUUAAACGUUGCUAAUGGCCCUAUCAGAGCUUUGAAAGAAAAAGUAACUAAAAAAGAAUUAAUGAACGAUGAUCAUCAGUUAAAAGUAGUUAAAAGCUUACAGAGAAUAUAUGAUGAAGUUCAUGAAUAUAAACCAGAUCAAUUUAAUGUAUUAGGAAAAUGGUUUGGAUGGAGAAAAAAGGAAACACCUAAAGGAUUGUAUAUUUAUGGUGCUGUCGGCGGUGGUAAAACCAUGUUAAUGGAUCUUUUUUAUAAUUGUUGUCAGAUUGAAAAUAAGAAACGAGUACAUUUUCAUUCCUUCAUGCUUGAUGUUCACAAAAAAGUUCACGAGGUUAAGAAGACUAUAGUGAGAGAUACUAAUAGUACUAAACUUCAACCGUUUGAUCCGAUACCACCAGUAGCAGCUGCUAUUACAGAAGAAGCUUGGUUACUAUGUUUUGAUGAAUUUCAGGUGACAGAUAUUGCAGAUGCAAUGAUAUUAAAACGAUUAUUUACUGAAUUAUUCAAUAAUGGUGUGAUUGUCGUUGCCACAAGCAAUAGAUCACCUGACGACUUGUACAAGAAUGGAUUACAAAGAGGAAAUUUUGUACCUUUUAUUAAAGUCUUAAAAGACCACUGCUUAGUUGAAUCGUUAGAUUCCGGUGUCGAUUACAGGUUGAAGGCUGGAUCUGGAGAUAACAAAAUAUAUUUUAUAAAAGGGAAAGACGUGGUAAAAGAUGUGGACAAUGUUUUCAAAUAUCUAUGCUCAAAGGAAAACGACAUUGUGAGAACACGUACGAUUUCUAUAAAAGGUCGUAAUGUAAAGUUUCAAAGAACUUGUGGUAGAGUUCUAGACUCAACGUUUGAUGAAUUAUGCGAUAGGCCUCUUGGUGCUAGUGAUUACUUGGAACUAAGUCAAGCUUUUCAUACGAUAAUAAUAAGAGAUGUUCCGCAACUAAAUCUUCGAUUAAAAUCUCAAGCAAGAAGAUUUAUUACUCUGAUUGAUACCUUGUAUGAUAGCAAGGUAAGAGUUGUAAUAUCUGCCUCAGUACCACAUACACAAUUAUUUUUACCAGAAGGCGAUAGCGAAUAUACAGAUGAAAAACGAAUGUUAAUGGACGAUUUAAAGAUCUCGCACGAUUCCGCCGAUCAUAAGUCUAAUAUUUUUACUGGUGAAGAAGAACUUUUCGCCUUUGAUCGUACUAUAUCCCGAUUAGCUGAAAUGCAAACAACUCAAUAUUGGGAACGAUGGGAACAACAUAGAUAAUGAUAGUAUUGCUUUAGUACAAAUUAGUUUGGUAGUAUAUUUGUUAGUAUUUCGUUUAAACUAACUACAGUUUAAAUUAUUAAUAUAUUGUACUUUGUAUUGAAUUACUUAAUGGUACCUGUUUUACAGAAAUUUUUUUAACGUUAUAAUUAACUGAAAGUUCAAGUAGAUUUUUACUAAUUUAUUUAUGUAUUAUUUAUUUUUAUUUUAUAAUUAUAUAUUUAUGUAUAUAAAUA